AUGGCAUCAGAGCUUGGUGACGACAAGGCGAACAAGGUUAUGCCAAAGACUUCAGAUGAGAGCAGCGAAGAAAUAGAAAGGGCCCAUCAAGAUAAGGUGACAUCUCAUAAUGCUCCAGGAGGCAUCACAGAAGGCCAAUCCGGGCACUUGGAUGUUAUGUCACUUUAUCUUUUGCAUGCUUCGGACACUUCGGGGCAGAUUUAUGUUACUGAACUUCUUCGAGAUGGAAAUUACGGAGAAUGGGUAAACGAUAUGGGAGAUGCUUUGUUUGCCAAAAACAAGAUCGGUUUUGUUGAUGGAUCCAUACCCAUGCCAAAACCCAAUUCACCAUAUUUGCAGCAGUGGAUGCGUUGUAAUGCCAUGGUUAAAGGUUGGUUAAAGAGCGCCAUGGACAAAGACAUUAGAAGCAGCGUAAGGUAUGCCAAUACUGCUAGGGACAUUUGGGAGGACCUUGAAGAAAGAUUUGGAAAAGGAAGUGCACCUAGAGCUUUUGAAAUUAGGAGAUCAGUUGUCUUGUUGAAACAAGAAAAUGCUUCUGUCUCAUCCUACUAUGCAAAACUGAAGAGCCUUUGGGAUGAGAUGAUGGCCAUUUCGCCAUUGCCAAGAUGUGUUUGCAGUGGAUGCACUUGCAAUAUUUCAAAGCAACUUGUUGAUAUGAAAGAAAAGGAACAAUUGUAUGAUUUUCUCAUGGGACUAGGUGAAGAAUUUUCUACUGUUAAGUCACAAAUUCUCAGUGCCAAACCAACACCAAGUUUGGGCCGUGCAUAUCACAUGGUUUCCGAAGAUGAGCAACAUAGACAAAUCUCAGCAGCACACAAACCAAUGGUUGAAGCUGCAGUAUUUCAAAUGCAAAAGGGAGUUAGUGAAAAGGAUGCCAAAGGAAGGAGGGACAGACCCAUAUGUGGGCAUUGCAAAAAGACAGGACAUACAGAAGACCAAUGCUAUGAAAUAAUAGGCUAUCCUGUAAAUUGGCGAAAGGGUCCACGUGACAAGAAAGGAUGGCAACAUGUAAACCAGAAGAUAGCGCCGAAGGCUGCUCAAGUUGAUAUAGACAUGAAUCCCCUUCAAAGUCUCACUCAAGCUCAAUUAACAAAACUUGCUCACUUUCUAAACACAGAUGGGGACAAAUUGAGGCCAGUAGAGACAAAUGAAAAAUCAUCAUGCAACAUGGCUGGUAAGAUCAACAGUAAAAAUUUGUGGGUGAUAGAUUCUGGAGCCACAGACCAUAUUGUUUGUGAUGACAGUUUGCUAAAUAAAUUGGAGAGCAAAUAUGGUGAAUUCCCUGUUACUAUACCAAAUGGAGACAAAGUGGCAGUCAGGAGCAUAGGGGGAACUAAACUCCCUAAUGGGAUGCAAAUAAACCGUGUCUUGAACAUACCUGAUUUCAAAUGCAAUUUAGUUUCUGUUGGCAGGUUGACAAAAGACUUUGAUUGUGCUCUGACUUUCUUUUCUGACUUCUGUAUAAUGCAGGACUUACCUUCGAGGAAACUGAUUGGAGUGGGUAGGAUGCAUGGUGGUCUUUAUUACAUGGAGCCGGAAUAUCGUGAGGGUAUGGCAAUGUCUGUUAAGAGCAAAGAUUCAAGUGUUUGGCAUAGGAGGCUUGGGCAUGCUUCUAGUAUGAUAAUUCAAAAAAUCAAGUAA